AUGGAUAAAUUAAGUUCAUCAACCAUAAAGUCUGGAUCCCAUCCCCAGGCUACCUCGCCUCUAGUUCCCAACCCUAUAACCUUACCGCCAAUCCGCAAUCCCACUUUUGCUCCGUUACAGAAAUCCCAUGGGUCCGACUAUUCGUCCGUGGUGAAACCGCAAUUACCCAAGCUCACUCCGGCCCCGGAUUUUAAAGACCCCCAGGAGCUCACCCCUACCAGGGUCCCCAGAAGUUUACCCGACCAGGAAAAACAACCAUCCCGUUCCCACAAGGUCUCCAAACGCUCGCGCAAGGGCUGUCUCACGUGUAGGUUCCGCAAGCGCAAGUGCUGCGAGACAAAGCCGAUUUGCACAGAGUGCAAGCGACUCGGCAUCAAGUGCUCGUGGAUCACAAACGGCCUGGAGAACAAGAACAAGUGCAAGAGAAAUCCCGACUUUCUCCGAAACGACGAGUGCUACGACGACCUGUUUGGCGUCAUCAAGGUCAUCAGAGGCAAGAUCGACUACAAGAUCGACAACGGCGAGUUUGUUGAAGGUAACAGGCCUUCUGACGACGAACUCUACACCGCCGAGUCGAAAACAAAUGCCACAUGA